AUGGAGGAGAGAAGGCGUGUGGGCUACCGCAUGUACAGAGAGGUGUUCUGGUCCCAGGCUGAAGAGCUGUAUGUUGUCAUCUGUUCCUGUCCUCUCCUGGCUACCUCCCUCAGAGACAACGCCAUCAGAGACCCGAUCUCAGGCAUCAGUGAGAACCCAGAAACCAACAUAGGCACCCUGAGGGUGAGCCUGGUGUCCAUCAUUGGCCUCAUCAUCGUCAAGGAGCUCAACACCUACCUGGGGAAAAAACUGCAAGUACCCAUCCCUGCAGAGCUGCUGGCGGUCAUCAUCGCCACGGUGAUCUCCUGGCAGGUCAACCUUGAGGGGGAGCAUGGAGUGGAAGUGGUGGGAGAGAUCCUCUCUGGUCUACAGCCCCAUGUCCUGCCUACAGCCUCUCUGUUUGGUCAGGUUAUAAAUGAUGCCUUCGUUCUGUCUGUGGUUGGCUACGGCAUUGCCAUCUCUCUCGGACAAAUCUUUGCCCUAAAACAUGGCUACAAAGUUGACAGCAACCAGGAACGGAUAGCCCUGGGUCUCAGCAACUCCAUCAAAGGGGUUUUCCAGUGCUUUGCAAUCAGUUGCUCGAUAUCUCGUACCAUGGUUCAGGAAAGCACUGGGGGAAAGACACAGGUGGCUAGUGCUCUUUCAGCCAUGGUGAUUCUAGUCAUUGUGCUGUGGAUUGGGGCUCUCUUUGAAGAACUGCCAAAGGCAGUGUUGGCAGCCAUCAUUUAUGUGAACCUGCAUGGCAUGAUGAAGCAGUUCAUGGAUAUGGUGUGAGAGAGAGAGAACGAGAGAGAAAGACUGCUGUGGGUGGCCACUCUGAUCCUGACCGUGCUCUUCAACCCUGUCCUAUGCGUGGCAGCCUCCAUUGCCUUCUCCAUGCUCACGGUCAUCUACAGGACCCAGCUGCCAAAGUACUCCCUUCUAAGGCAGGUCCCUGAGACUGACAUCUACAGACCAGUGGAGGACUAUAAUCAGGUGAAGGAGGUCCCUGGGGUAGUGAUCUUCCGCUCCUCUGAUACCCUCAGACAAGGUGAGAGUGGGAUUGACGUCACUAAGCUCAUCUCCCAAAAGAAGAAAGCGGAGGCCAAGAGAUUGAGGAAGAAAAAGAAAGAUGCCAGGAAAGCCAAGAAAGAAAAAAGAAGAACGCACAGGAACUGGAGGGGGAGCCAGACAGUUCAGAGAAGGAUGUGGAGAAGGAUUUUGGCCACAGUGGAGGAAGGGAGUAAACCCAUCUCUACACUUCCUCGUGCCAUCAUCCUGGACCUAAGUCCAGUAAAUGUCCUAGAUACCGUGGGCGUCAUGACGAUAUGCAAUAUCCAAAGGGACUAUGGUGAUAUCGGUGUAGAGGUGUGGAUGUCAGAGUGA